CCCCGCCCCGCCCGGCCGCCGCCCCGCGGUGACUCGGCAAGUGCCGGCGGCCCCGGCCAUGCCGCGGGAACGGAGCUGGGUGGCGGCCCCGGCACGUCCGAGGGGCCAGUGCUGGGGGUUCGCUGGCGGGAUGUCGCUCUCGCUGAAGAUGCUGCCCUGCAAGAAGAGGAAAGCGGCGGUCGCGGGCCCGCAGAGCCCACGGGAGCCGAGCUGCGCCGGGGAGGAGCCGGCUCCCGCAGAGCCGCCCGCGCUGGCGGAGCCUCCCGAGGCCGGCGGGGCGGAGCCGCCGCCCGCGCCGCGGCGGCCCGGCAGGCCGGGGGCCGAGAGAGCCGCGCCGCGGCUCGAAGGCGGCUCCGUCGUGGCGGCGGCCGAUGGCGCCUGCCCCGCGACCAGCUCGGCGGCAGGCCGGGCCGCGGCGUCGCCCGCUGGCGCCAGGGCGCGGCGGGACCCCGCGGAGACCUUCCUCAAGGGUGGAAAGAGGCUCGCGGUGAGGGCAGCGCCGGGCCCCGCUCAGGAGAGCGCCGGAGGUCGCCAGGCCGCACGAGAAGCUGUGCCUUCGCCCGAGUCUGCUGACGACGGGCAAACUCCUAAACAGCAUACAGAGGAGGAAGUAGUUUUGCAGAGAGAUCCAUAUCUGACUGACAGCCAUUCUGCAGUGCAGGAGUCUCCAGUGAGACGUUCUUUGCAGCUGGCAGUUAGAAAUCCUGCCACGAUGAAGCCACUGAAGAACACCAGAGCUGGUGAGUGGCCCCAGCAGACUGAUGAGGAAAAUGAGGAUGUUGGGCUGUUUAUUCCAUUGGAGGAGCAAGAUGGAGAGGAUAUUGAGAGGAGGAAGAGGAAGAGGAAGGCAACCAAACGGAAAAGAGAAGGAAAAAGUCAAGAAGAGGAGGGAUCUUUGUCUUGUGACAUCAAGCUAGAUGAUACCCUUGAUCGCACCUUAGAAGAUGGUGCUAAACAACAUAACCUGACAGUUGUCAAUGUGCGAAACAUCCUGCAUGAAGUGAUCACAAACGAGCAUGUGGUUGCCAUGAUGAAAGCAGCCAUCAGUGAGACAGAGGAUAUACCUUUGUUUGAACCCAAAAUGACUCGUUCCAAACUGAAGGAAGUUGUGGAGAAAGGAGUGGUGAUUCCAACAUGGAAUAUUUCUCCAAUCAAGAAGGCAAAUGAGGUGGUCCAGCUACCCAUUUUGUCACAUCGCCGGUCUCAUGCUGCAAGGCGUUCCUCCCCUGGGCUGGUUUUACGUAUUGUAGGUCUGCCUGGAAAUACGGCCUGGAACUCAACUCGUUGGCCUGAGCCCUGCCUACUCCAAAAGCCCCCUCAGUUUGUAGACAUUCCUCUUGAGGAAGAUGAUUCAUCUGAUGAAGAAUACCAGCCUGAAGAUGAGGAUGAGGAUGAGACUGCAGAAGAGAGCUUAUUGGAAAGUGAUGUAGAGAGCACUGCCUCUUCUCCUCGGGGAGCAAAGCGAUCUAGGACAAGGCGAUCCUCUGAUGAAGAGGGAGGGACACUCUGUGAGACGGAGAAGGUUACUAUACCUGUUGUUAGACAUAUUAGUGCUGAAGUAGUUCCCAUGGGACCUCCACCACCUCCUAAACCAAAGCAAAGCAAAGACAGCACAUUCAUGGAGAAACUGCAUGCAGUGGAUGAAGAAUUGGCUUCAAGCCCAGUAUGCAUGGAUUCCUACCAGUCUCUGGAAGACAGCCUCAUUGCCUUCCGAACGCGGUCAAAGAGACCACUGAAGGAUGUUCCUCUUGGUCAGCUGGAGGCUGAGCUCCGAGCCCCAGAUAUUACGCCGGAUAUGUAUGACCCCAAUACUGCAGACGAUGAAGAAUGGAAAAGGUGGCUUGGAGGUCUCAUGAAUGAUGAUGUGGAGAAUGAAGAUGAAGCAGAUGAUGAUGAUGACCCUGAAUACAACUUCCUGGAAGAUCUGGAUGAACCAGAUACAGAAGACUUCAGAAAUGAUCGUGCUGUUAGAAUUACCAAAAAGGAAGUGAAUGAACUGAUGGAGGAGCUGUUUGAGACAUUUCAGGAUGAGAUGGGUUUCUCAAACAUGGAGGAUGAAGGUCCAGAAGACGAAGAUAAUGUCAUAGAGUCACGGCCAAAUUUUAAUACACCGCAGGCACUUCGAUUUGAAGAGCCUCUGGCCAAUUUACUGAACGAACAACACCGGACAGUGAAGGAACAACUAGAGCAGUUGAGAAUGAAGAAGUCUUCAACAAAGCCACUUCAAGAGAUAGAGAAAUCAAAACCUCAAAAUGAGAAGCCACUCCAAAGCCUUGUUCUGGACAGUAUGCAAAGAAAGAGGCUCCAGCAACAAAUGCAGCAGCAUGUUCAGCUUCUGACUCAAAUCCAUCUUCUUGCAAGUUCCAACCCUGCUUUAAAUUCAGAGGCCAGUACCACCAGGAUGUUUUUGAGCGAGCUUGGUAACUUUGCUCGCAGCUCUACGCUGCUUCGUCAGUCAUUCAAUCCUAAGUUUCAAACAAUGUUCCAGCCAUGUAACUUGAAGGGAGCACUGCAGCUCAUUGAUGAUUUUCAUGCCCAAGUCCAAGUUGACUGGAGCCCUCGCAAAUCCGUGAAAAAGAGUGCCAAUGAAUUUCCAUGUUUACCAAAGCAAGUGGCAUGGAUUUUUGCAACAAGAAGAGUCUUUAUGUAUCCAGAGUUACUGCCAAUAUGUUCCUUGAAAGCAAAUCCUCCCCGGGACAAGAUUAUCUUCACCAAGGCAGAGGACAAUUUAUUAGCUUUAGGUUUGAAACAUUUUGAAGGGACAGAUUUUCCAAAGCCUUUGAUCAGCAAGUAUCUUUUGCCAACAAAAACUGCCCACCAGCUGACAGUGCGAAUCAAGAACCUCAAUAUGAAUCGAGCCCCUGAUAAUAUCAUCAGAUACUAUAAAAAGACAAAACAGUUGCCCAUUCUAUUCAAGUGCUGUGAGGAGAUCCAGCCUAAUGAGUGGAAACCACCUGUGGAGAGAGAAGAACACCGCUUGCCAUUUUGGCUAAAGGCAAGUUUGCCCUCCAUUCAGGGGGAAUUGAAACAAUUAGCAGAAGAUGCCAGGGAGAUGCCAGGUUCACAUGAUGCAGAAUCUGUCUUUUUGGGAACAGAGAAGGAAACUUCAGACACAGAAUGUGAUGAAAAGUAUCCUCUGCUCAUGCCAAAGGGACUAGUACUGACCUUAAAGCCCCUUGCCAAUCGAUUCUCUAGGAGAGCAUGGAGAAGGCAAAGGUCUUCCGCUCUGAAACCUGUCUUCAUUCGACCGAGUCCUUGUCUGCAGCCCGGUUCCAACGCUUUGAACAUCCAGAAAACUGUGAAGUUAUCCCAGUCAGAAGCUCCUCCCAGCAAAGUUAUGGUUCAGAUUCCUCGGUUAAUCCAGCCAGCUACAGUUAUGCAGACUGUGUCAGGAGUGCAACCUUUGAAUGUUCCAGCAGUGGUAGGAAGCGGGGAUGGCUUGGAAUUUCAGAAUGUACUCUCCACUUCACAUUCUGAUUCCAGACAAUCUUUUCCAGCUGCUGUACCACAAGCCCUAGUGUCCUCAAGUCCUGUAGCUUUUCAGCCAAAACUGAUCUUGCCAGCUUUGGCCGGACCAAAAAUUCGCAAACCUGGUGUUCGCAAGGUAUACCAAAAGAAAAAAGGGACAAAAUCUGCCCCGUUGAUAAAGACUUCACCUUUGAUUCAGCCAUCUCCUGUCAUCCUUACUGUACCUGCUACCACAGUCAAAGUGGUUAAUAUAGGAAAUGGCUGCAAUAUGAUUCAGCCCAUAAAUACAACAGUUGGUAGAGGCACUCAGGCUAUUCCGGUUACAACCUUGUUGGUAAAUCCAUCCACUUUCCCAUGUCCGUUAAAUCAGCCUCUAGUGACUUCUUCAAUCCCUUCGUUGAUAGUCUCUCCUAACCCUGUUGGUCUUUCUACGUCAUCUGUUGUUGAAAAUGAAGAACAGCUGAAUCUGGCUCCUUCCUGCCCUGCUGUAAAUAACAAAAAUGCCUAUCCUAUAGUUGAGCCCAAGGCUGAACCCCAAGAGUUGUACAUUUCAUGCUCAGCUGUGUCCCCCAAGAAGGAAUGUAGUACAAAUCUUGCCACUUCAAAUAAUGGCAGCCAAGAAAAAGUGAAUAAGAGCGACUGCUGUAGCUGGACAGUGGUAGGGACAGGGGAGGAAAACACCGCAGAGCCGUUAUCUGUGGACCUUCUGCCUCAUUUAGAAGAUCCAGAUGAAGCAGUGAAAACUGAACGUGAAGAUUCAAAUGAUGCUAUCAAGGAAGUAAAUCCAAUACAGAAGAGGGAUCUUCUAUGUGCUGAAGUGAAGGAGGAGUUCAUGCUGGAUCUUGGCCAGGAGCUGAACAUGGAGGCUGCAUGUUCAUGUCCAAAUGAGCUGAAAGAAAUAAAAAAAGAGUGUACAUCAUGCGAAGAGAAGGGAGAAGAGGAAAGACAGGAUUUGCAGUCACCCCCCCGUGAUGAACAGCAGAUGGAUGCAGGCAUUGUUGCAGUACCGCAAGUAAGCAGCGAGUCUCCUAAGAAUCAAUCAUACACAACAGAUGUUGAAGCAGAAUUUAGUAGCCCACUAGGAAAACCAGAGGAUUCGUCCAGUAUGGAUGGCCAGUCUGUUGGGACACCAGCUGGCCCCGAAGCUGGGGGAGAGAAAGAAGGACAAGAGGAAGAAGAGGAAGAAGAUUUUGACGAUUUUACACAAGAUGAGGAUGAAGAGAUGUCAUCAGCCUCAGAAGAAUCUAUUCUCUCUGUGCCGGAACUUCAGGAGACGAUGGAAAAACUUACUUGGCUUGCAACAGAGAGACGUUUAAGCCAGGAAGGAGAUUCUGAAGAAGAGAAUUCUCAGGAAGAGAACUCUGAGCCGGAGGAGGAGGAGGAGGAAGAAGGGGAUGGAAUAGAGAGUUCACAGAAAGAUGAUGAAAUAUCUGGAGAUAUAUCAGAGGAACCCAAAUCUGCCUUCAUGUUGACAAAGACAGCCCCACAGGUAGAAGCCAACAGAAUGCCACCGGGAGAGAACAUGAAAGCCCCUGGGAAGAGCAGGAACUCCUACAGAACCAGAAAUAAGCGGGGACGGACUCGUGCUAGCAAAGAUACCUCUAAGCUGCUCCUUUUGUAUGAUGAAGACAUCCUGGAGAGAGAUCCCCUGCGGGAACAGAAAGAUCUGGCAUUUGCACAAGCCUAUCUAACCAGGGUGCGUGAAGCCUUGCAGAAUGUUCCUGGAAAGUACGAAGACUUCCUUCGUGUUAUCUACGAGUUUGAGAUUAGCACUGACAAACGGACAGCUGUAGAUCUCUAUUCCACUUUACAGAAACUGUUGCAUGAGUGGCCACAGUUGCUCACAGAUUUUGCUGCCUUUCUUUUACCAGAACAAGCUUUGGAAUGUGGACUGUUUGAAGAGCAGCAAGCAUUUGAAAAAAGCCGGAAGUUCCUCAGACAGCUGGAGAUCUGUUUUGCUGAAAAUCCUGCCCACCAUCAAAAGAUCAUCAAAGUUCUGCAGAGUUGUGCAGACUGCCUCCCCCAGGAGAUUGCAGAGCUGAAGACCCAAAUGUGGCAACUGUUGAAAGGACAUGACCACUUGCAGGAUGAGUUCUCCAUUUUCUUUGAUCACUUACGCCCCUCAGCCAGCCGGAUGGGAGACUUUGAGGAGAUCAACUGGACAGAAGAGAAGGAGUAUGAGUUUGAUGGGUUUGAAGAAGUGUCUUUACCAGAUGUAGAAGAGGAGGAUGAACCACCCAAGAUGCAUGCAGCCUCAAAAAAUAAGAAAAGGAAAGAGAUUGGAGGCCAGAACAAUGACAAGGAGGUCGAGUGGGUAGAUGGGACGAAGGAAUGUUCGUGUUCCUGCCAUGAAGGGAGUAGCGAUCUCAAGCUCAAGAAAAGCAAAAGGAGGACCUGCGGCCAUUGUAGUAGUAAGGUGUGUGAAAGCAAACUUUAUAAAAAUAAAGAUUCUCAAGAGCUGACUGUUAGCCUCGUUCAGCAAGAGUCAAGUCUGCAGCCUGAAGGAAAGAAUCCUGGAAUAUCUAAGGAACCUGUCGAAGAGAGCUUGGAGAACAGAGAUGAGGGAGAAGAUAUCCAGAGCAGAACAAAAACCCCAUCUAGGAAAGUGGACGCUCUGGUUUCAGGAUCUCACCUAGAAGGAAAGAUUGUCUCCUGCAGAUGUGCACCUUCUGAAAAAGCUGCACUGCCUGAUAACCAAGCUCGAGAAGGAGGUGCCAGUGCUGUGAAUACUGCAAAGGAUAGUGGUUCUUGCACUGCUGGCCCUGGAUGGACAGAUCUACGAAAAGCUACUCUAAAACUACCUCAAGAAACCAAAGACAGCUCUUGUGCUGUAGGAAGUGACAGUGAGGGACUAAACCAGCAACAUCAAGGAAAUGCAAAUGCUUCUCUUGGGCUGAGUGGAGAUCUACUGUCUUCUCAUUCUGCUACAGUAGAAGGUUUAACAGGACCUAGCUUGUCUGCUGGAAAUAGUUUAUGUCGGACUGAGGGGCUUCAUUCCAGUUCAUCAGAUGAGCUUGUUGUCUUUGGUCACGCUUCAAAAUUAGGCAUGAGAGAACUUGGGAGAUCACCUUUGCCUUUGGAAGGAAAAUCUGAAGCAAAGCAGAGUUGGAUUAUACCAGGUAGAAAACCGACACUGAGUAAGAGCUGCUGCUCACAGUCUCCUGAUAAUCACAACAUCCUUUUGGAAGCAGAUGGUAUGGGCUGCACUGGAGGCUCUCCUGAGAGCAGAUUAAAGUCGAAUACAAAUGACUACUUCCAGGUACAUCAGCAUUCUGAGGAGCUAGAAUACAGAGCGCUUGGUGCCUCCUUGCGGCAAAGAGAAGAGGAGCAGCAACAGCAGCGAGUCACAGAAGCAACAGUGUGCGCUAAGAACAGCAAAGUCAGCUCUACUGGGGAGAAAGUUGUCCUCUGGACCAGGGAGGCUGAUCGAGUCAUUCUCACUACCUGUCAGGAGAAAGGAGCCCAUCUGGAAACCUUCCAUGCCAUCUCACAGAAACUGGGCAACAAAACUGCUAGUGAGGUAUCCCACAGGUUCAGAGAACUGAUGAAGCUGUUUCAUACAUCUUGUGAUGGAAGUUCUGAAGAUGAGGAAGAUGCAACUAGUACUAGUAACACAGACCAGUUGUCAGAUAAAGAUCUUCUGCUUUCUGAGGAAGAACCAGAUGACUAAGAUUUUUCUGGCCUAAUAAGCUGCUGACUACAUCAGAAGGAGAGCUGUUUGCCAGUUUGCUGCUAGACAGGAGCUGUGGUUAAAGGAAAAAUAUUUGCACAGGUACUUAAUACAGCACCUUUUUUGGUUCACUUUCCUGAUACAUGUGUGACAAGCUACAGUUCUAAAUCUUUAUUGAACUAAAGGCAUGAAGAAAGUUGUGAGGGUUAACAUGCUUUAGAACCUAUAUGGGUAACUCUAAAAAUUAAAUUACAGAAGUGAUACUUGUGGACAUUGACCUCAGUCCAUGGUAAAGAGCUUGACCAAGCAGCCUUCUGCAGCACAUGCAAUAGAGAACAUGUAAAUAUUGUAUAAUAAGACGUCUGUUUUCACCUGGAGCAAAUACCUGAGGGUUUUUUGUAAAUUUCUCCCUUGUGUUGAUUGUGUGUGGGAAAGUUACAACCUGAAACCUGUAUUUAUUGUGCAGUCUUAUUCUAGCACUGUAAAGCAAGUUCAGUUUGUUGCAAACUUAAAGAUCUUUAAGGAGAACCUUUCCUCCUUUAUAGCAAAGCUACAAGUAGCUGUACAACUUGAGCCAGUCUUUUUAGUAUGAUUUCAUUGAAAUGAAAGAAAAGUAGCAGUUGGGCCAAUCUUUAAAACCAUUCCCUUUAUUUCAAAAGUGAUCUUAAAAACUUUACUCCUUCCAGUAUCUCCAGUAAUAAAGAUGAGUUAGUCUGAA